UUCUCUUAAUUAUUAAUAAUGAUACAGGAUCGAGUCAGAAGAGAAAUCAAUACUGUUAUGCAAGAGAAUCAGGGAAAACUUACCAUGAAAUCGCUGCAAGGUCUAUCAUAUUUAGAGAGAUGUAUAAAAGAAGCGUUGCGUUUAUACCCUAGUGUUUUCUUCAUUUCACGAGUUGUAAAUGAAGAAGUACAAUUAAAAACAUAUUUGAUACCUGCUGGAACAGCGGUGCAACUUAAUAUCUAUGGCGUUCAUAGAGAUCCUAAUUUUUGGCCAAAUCCGGAAGUAUUUGAUCCAGAUAGAUUUUUACCUGAAAACAUUAGAAAUCGUCAUCCUUACUCGUACAUACCAUUUAGUGCUGGACCACGUAAUUGUAUCGGCCAACGAUUUGCUAUGCUGGAGAUGAAGGCAAUGAUGUCCCAUCUAAUACAGAAGUUCUAUCUGGAACCUGUUGAUUAUUUAAAGGAUCUUGUAAUAAAAGGUGAUUUGGUGUUGCGAUCUUCUAAUCCGAUGCGCGUAAAAUUUAUUCCAAUCGCCUCAAAAUAGACAUUUAAAGAGAGGUCGAACGUUAAGAACUUAAUGCCUAGUGCGUUGCAAAAAGUUGUAGGCAAACUAUUCGCUUUGCUGGGGAUAAAAGCAAUAAUAGCCACGCUGGUACACAAUUGCUACUUAUUGUUAGUGCUUAUUUAUUAUUUAAAAUUGCUUCGAAUGCAAAUUAAUCUGGUGUUUUGCCCUGCUUAUCCACUUGGUUUAAAGAUGUGUCUCUAACAUAAAAUACAUGUAGCUCUUUGAAGCAAUGGUACGUGUUUCGAGGUCAUAAAAGACGACAGCGUAGCAAAAUUAAACAAGUGUUAAACACGUUAUAAAUGGCUUUUACAAAUGUAUAUAUUCACGUUCUUGCAUAAAAUAAAUAAUAAAGAUUGAAUCAAGCUUAAUUAUGUUGUUGCAUGCUAUUUUACAUUUGAUAUGUGAAAUUUGUCAAAAUAAGUUGCACUCACAACGCUUUACCAAAAGAAAAAUUGUUGUACUUACAGUUAAUCGGAAUGAUAAACUACACGUUAAUUAUUCUACGAAACAAACAUGAAAUAUUUAUGAGUUAUUUAUGCGUCUUUAUAUGAAAAUUAUUUCAACUUUUUCUUUCCUACUUAUAAAACCGUACGCAUGUUACAAUCAGGUAAGACAGAAUGUCGAUUCUUUGCAAAUAAAUCAGUAUUUGUGCUGACUUGACUGUCGAAAAUUACACGAAUAAAAUGACGAAGAGCUGUACUAGUAAAUGUAUAGAAAUGUACAAUAUCUAUAAAUCAUUAUCAUUUUUAUAAAUUGUUUUAUGCUAACGUGAAGGUGAACUACGUAUGUUAUAUUAAUUAUUACAAAAAAAUGAUCGAUCUUGGUUUAAAUGGAAAUUAUAGUUCACAGCUUAUAUAAUAACCAGCUUUUUCGCCCGCGCUUCGCGCGGGCUCAAAAGCUAAUAAAAGUAUCAAUCAGAUUA